UUCCGGGGCGGGCCCGUGUCCGCCCUUAUAGCGGCGGCGGCGGCGGCUCCCGGGGCGGCGCGGCCGCCAUGGACCUGCACAUCCUGGAGCACCGGGUGCGGGUGCUGAGCCUGGCCCGCCGCGGGCUCUGGCUCUACACCCACCCGCUGCUCAAGCUGCUCUUCCUGCCCCAGCGCUGCCGAUGCAAGUUCUUCAGCCUGACGGAGACCCCCGAGGACUACACGGUCAUGCUGGACGAGGAGGGCUUCAAAGAGCUGCCGGCCUCCGAGUUCAUGCAGGUGGCAGAUUCCACGUGGCUGGUGCUCAGCGUGGUGUCCAACGGGCGGGAGCCCCCCGGCUGCCAGGCCACCGGUGUCACCAAGAUCGCGCGCUCGGUCAUCGCGCCGCUGGCCGAGCACCACGUCUCGGUGCUGAUGCUCUCCACGUACCAGACCGACUUCAUCCUGGUGCGGGAGCGGGACCUGCCCGUGGUGAUCCACACGCUGGCCGGGGAGUUCGACAUCUACAAGGAGGAGGGUGGCGAGUGUGUCCCUGUCACCUGUGAUGACGUCAGCAAUGGCUUCCUCAAGCCCAAGCCACCCGCCAGCCCCACGCUGCACCCGGUGCAGAGCCCCCAGACGCGCUUCUGUGUCCUCACGGUGGCCCCCGACACGCUGCCCGCCAUCGCCACCAUGCUCAUCGACGUCCUCUUCUACUCCCACAGCCCCCCGUGGGAUGCAGCCCCUGGCAGCCAGGACCUGGACUCCAUCACCUUCUUCUCCUUCUCCCUCAUCGAGGGCUACAUCUCCAUCGUGAUGGAUGCCGACACCCAGAAGCGCUUCCCCAGUGACCUGCUGCUGACCAGCUCCACGGGCGAGCUGUGGCGCAUGGUGCGCAUCGGGGGGCAGCCCCUCGGCUUCGACGAGUGUGGCAUCGUGGCGCAGAUCGCGGAGCCGCUGGCGGCCGCCGACAUCUCGGCCUAUUACAUCAGCACCUUCAACUUCGAUCACGCCCUGGUCCCUGAGGAGGGCAUUGCUGAGGUGAUCCAGCUGCUGCAGCAGCGGCAGGAGAGCGGCAGAUAGCGGCUGGCUGUCCCAGCGUGGUGUCCCCAGGCUGGCUGUCCCCAGGCUGGCUGUCCCAGCGUGGUGUCCCCCUGCUCCCCACCCCUGUCAUUAAUUGUUCACUUUAAUGAUCCCCCAGCACAGAGCCGGGCUCAGUGUCGCUCCCUCUAUGCUGGGGCUGUGGUGGCUUUGGGGACGUGGUGGCUUUGUGGCAGUGGGCACAAGGAGAGGGGCAGUCCCUGGUGCCAUCCUGUCCCUCUGGCCUGGCCUGGGUGGGGUGGGUGGCCCAGGUGGAGGGGACAUGGGAAAAAUGCCAAAGAGCAAUGCUGUGCCACCGUGGUGCUAUAGGGGACAGCCUGGGGCUGAUGGCAUGUGUCCCCUUGGGAAGGGAGCGCUGGCCACGAUGCUCAGGGACAGCCCUGGAGCAGCCCCAUGGAGGGGAGAGCACUCCUGGAGCUGGGCUUACCCCUGGCACCUCAAAAAUCCCCAAGGGGGCAGUGGGGGGCUCUGGUUCAAUGCCAGCCCUGGCUGUCACCUGUCAGGGAGGGGUGACAGUGGCUCCCAGCCCCUCAUGAGUUGUAUUUUCACAUAGUUUUUGAUAAGUCAAUAAAAUUCUUAUUAUUUUUAUUUCUGUGUAGCCC